CAUCCCUAUCCUGGGAUGCUACCAGUAGAUAAAAGGCUUCUAAACUUACAGAUCUACAAACUUCUUCAGUGUGUUCACGAGAAAGACAAGAAGCAAAUAGAAAACCUGAUCCAGAAGGGAUUCCCAGAUCUGAUUAAUUACACAGAGCCCAAGGAGGGAUACAGUGCCUUCCACGUGGCCACCAUGAAGAACGACAUUGAAAUGUGCCGCUUCCUGCUGGAACACGGAGCGCGCCCCAACGUCCACGACAGCAUGGGCUGCACCCCAGCCAUGAAGGCAGCUGAGCUGGGCUAUGAGGCCAUUCUGGAAUUAUUAGCAACAGCUAAAGCAGACAUGACUGCUGUGGAUAAUGAAGGGAAAGGUAUUUUGUUUUACUGCCUUUCACCUACAGUUCGUCACACCCACUGCCUGCAAAUUGCCUUGGAUUAUGGUGCAGAUGUCAACAGCUGUACCACUACUGGGAGGUCUCUGCUUCUACAAGCCUGUGAGCAGGCUCAUGAGGUUAAAGAUAUGUGCCUGAUUUUCUUGGAGAAAGGAGCAGAUCCCCAUGCAAAAGACCCGGCCACGGGGCGCACGGCCGUGAUGGAGGCUGCUCGGGAGGGCGCUGCCGACGUGGUGCUGGCUCUGCUGCAGAGGGGAGCCGACGUGAACCUCUUCGACUUCGAGAGACACAGUGCUGCACACUUCGCGGCCAAAGGAGGCUUCCUUGAGAUUCUGGCGAUUAUUUCAGGUUAUGGUGCAGACUUGAAACUGGUUGCUAUGAAUGGUAACACACCACUUCAUUAUGCUGCAGAGGGAGGAUUUACAGACUGCUGCAGGUAUAUAGGACAAAGAGGCUGUGAUCCUACGUGGUCCAACUUGAUAAAUCUAACCCCAAGGGAUGUUGCCAAGGCCGGUGGGUUCAAAGCAGCAGCAGCAGUGCUGCGCAAAGCUGAAAAAGCCCUAAAGAAGCCGGAUAAGACCCUUGCGUGGUACCUGAAGGUGUACGACUGGUCCGUGCACGAGGAUGCCAUCCGCAAGGAGUUUGAGAUUGACGAGGAAGACGAGGGGAUAGUAUCCAAAAGCGAAUUCAUGGCAGUCAUUCAGAAGCGCUGGGACACUGUGGAUCAGGAACAAAUUGAAAUUCUUGCUAAAAAGCAUGAAGUAUCUUCUGACAAGAUCAGCCUGGAUGAUUUUUUUAAAGGCUCAAAAUACCUGCAGAAAACCUUUCUGCUAUCAUCCUUUGGGCCCAAAGCAAAGAAGAUGAAGAAGCCGCCGAGAAGGAAAGGCAAGAAAGGCCUCCCUGUGCCAGUUUGUGUAAUCCCCAAGAGUGAACGUCCCCUCAGGGAAGAUGGCCUCCCUGCCUGCAUGGUGGAGGCUGUCCCCACCAUCCCCGAGGAGCAGCGAUUCAAACGCGCCCUCCACGCCGCCCACCCCGUGUUCGACGACCGUGCCUGGUACAUGGAGGAGCCCAGUAAAACCCUCAUGGAUAUCAACUACCUGGUCAGAGAAGGAGACUUUGUGUCUCUGCAGAGAGCCUUCGACCAGGGCGUGCCAGUAGACAUGAAAGAUAAAUAUUACAAAACACCUUUGAUGGUUGCGUGUGCAAGUGGCAACAUAGUUCUUGUGGAGUUUCUUCUGGAAAAGGGGGCUGAUGUGAAUGCAACAGACAACUUCCUGUGGACCCCUCUGCACCAUGCCUGCUACAAUGGACACCUGGACAUCGCUGAGGUGCUGGUGAAGGCUGGAGCAGCUGUCAAUGCCCGUUCAAUAGGCGAGGCCACCCCGCUGAUGAGAGCUGUUGAGGCCUGCAGGCUGGACAUGGUCUAUUUCUUAAUCACUGCAGGUGCUGACGUCCAGGCUUUAAACAGCAAUGGAAGGAGUGCUCUCGAUCUUGCUGAAGUACUUGAAGAUGCUACAAUAAUUGAACUCCUCAAAAAUCAACUGCAAAUUUUGGCAGAAGAACAAGAAAAAGAGGAAGCAAAGCCAGCAAAAGGUGGGAAGCCAAAACCACCAGAGCCACCGAAAUCUGUGAAAACAGAGUCUCCAGAUGGAUCUCCGCCACCUGAGGAAGAAGCUGUUCCUGAAAAGACAAAGCGUACCCGUAAGGACAGUUCUGCUUAUUGGAAAUCCUUGGCAGCGAGAGAAGACAAAAAUGACAUCUCCUUCAGACCCAGGAAAAUAUGGAGCCCUGAUGCCACAGCAAUGCAGCUUGCAGAACAGAGAGAAUUGCUCAGUGAACGCGCCACUCUUUGUGGUCACAUGGCAGAUUUUACAACCCUCUUCAAUAGAAAAUUUGAGAAAUAA